AUGUCGGACGAAGAAGGACAGUCGAGUUCUCGUAGUGCAUCUAGGCCUACAGCAACUUCAACUAGACCUACAUCCAGCAAUAUGAAUGGUUUUAGUCCUGCAGAAUUACUAUUCGGCAGAAAAUUAAGAACUCAAGUUCCUGUUUCUCCUAGAGAAUUGAUUCCUAAUUGGUCACAUUUAAGUUUAGUGAGGGAAAGAGAGGAGAUAUAUAGAGCGAAAACUAAGUGUAAUUUUGAUAAACGUCAUAAGGUUAAUCGUUUAAAAGAUUUAGAACCUGAACAAAAUGUUUUUAUUAGAGACAGUAAAUCUCAUGGAACCAUAGUUAAGAAACAUAGAUCACCUAGAUCUUAUAUUGUUAAUACUCCUAAAGGAUGUUUAAGACGUAAUAGAUCAAAUUUAGUUCCAUGUGAAUCGCCUCGUAAUCAAGACCUUACUUAUAAUGAUAUUGAAGAUUUUGAGCAACAAGAAGUUACUAAUGAAAGUACGCAAAAGCAUACACGAUUUUCAGAUGUACCUCCAGUGAAUUCAUUUAGUCCUCUUGUUGAGAAUAAUUCUAGUCCCGUUGUUAAAAAUAAGUUUAGUCAAGUUUUAAGAAAGUCUAAACGUAAAAGGAAACCUGUUAAAAGAUUAAUCACAGAAAUAUAA